AUGUCGGACCAGUCAAAUUACGACCCCUCGCAUCCCAUCAACGGGCUUAAACCCUUAUCGAACGGAGAUGGCUUUUCCCUGCCUAUAAACCAGCACGAUGGUUCGCGCCUGCACGAUUAUUCGGAUGCGAUGAUGGCCAACGGACUUCCCUUGGAGGAUGUUGACGAGGACGACGACGACGAGGAGGCUGAAGAUGACUAUGUCGCUGUCGAUCAUGACGAUGUGAAUGACUAUCCCUAUUGGUUUCGCCGCCCGCCCGUUCACCACCGCUCGAAACUAGACGACUUGCAUCCCUUUGUGCAGGUUUUGACCGAGUCGAACGUGGAGGAUUGUGUUGCAGUUGAGGAGGCAUUCCCUGUACAGGAGCGUUGCUCGCGUGAGAAGUUUCAAUAUCGUCUCGGAAGAUGCCCUGAGCUGUGCCUUGGCCUGUUUACCCUCCCAAUCCUGAACCACGGCGAGCCCAAGCCUCGCCCUACCCUCGUCGGACACAUUAUCGCCACGCGAGUAUCUACCCCCCAUGUGACGGACAAAUCUAUGGAGCUUCCGGAGAACUGGAAGACCGAACGCCUAACAGUCGUUGAUGGGGAAACUGUUGGUCAUGACGAUACGGGAAUGUCGAUUGCGAUUCACUCUCUUGCGGUCUCGUCCGAGCACCAAGGGAAGGGCGUCGGUAGCACGUUGAUGAAGUCUUACAUUCAAAGAAUCCGCGAAGCAAUGAUCGCAGAUCGCAUUGUGAUUAUCGCGCAUGACCACCUCGUCGCAUUCUACGAGUCCUUUGGAUUCCAGAGACGGGGUCCCAGCAAGUGCCAGUUUGGUGGUGGUGGUUGGACAGAUCUGGUGUUGGAAUUCAACACGGAGGAAUGA